GUUGUCCACAUUUGUAGGCUCUGCCAUUUUUGAAACAUUGGAAAGGAAAAACAGAAAGUCAUUUGUUCCACUUGUGAGAAAUUUGACAAAUCUUUGCUCUUUCCAAGCUUCACCAUUCCCAAGAUUCUUGCCAUCUCUCUCUCACACUCACACAACACUCACACAACACACAACGGAUGGUAACAGAAUUUCUGUGGAAAUUUCUCACAAAGUUUUACCAUGCAUUAUCAAAGGGAUGCAUGCCGCCGUCUGUCUCCGACAUUGUAAUGUCUCCUCCGAUCAAACCCAUAAUCAUAUUCUUUCUCUUAUUCUCUCAUGUUUUAACAUCCUUUUCAGCCCCAAUGUCAGAACCAGAAGCCUUACUGAGUUUCAAAAACUUUCUAAAAGACAACGGUUCAUUAUCUUCAUGGACCAAAUCAAAAUCGCCAUGUUCAGGAAACAAACCGAAUUGGGUAGGUGUUCUUUGUGGGAAUGGACGUGUAGUUGGAUUGCAACUUGAGAAUUUAGGAUUAUCAGGUGUAAUCGAUGUGGCCUCUCUCAAUCACUUACCCAUUUUAAGAACAUUGAGUUUCAUGCAUAAUAAUUUCGAAGGAAUACUUCCUGAAAUUAAGGUUCUUGGUGCUAUUAAAUCGAUUUUCCUUUCUCAUAAUAAGUUUUCCGGUGAGAUUCUUCCAGAUGCAUUUACAGGGAUGAAGUCGUUAAAGAAGGUUCAUUUGGGUUAUAACGAUUUCACAGGUCCAAUCCCUUGGUCAUUGUCUAUCUUACCUAAACUUAUUGAAUUAACCCUUGAAGAUAAUAAAUUCAAUGGUUACUUACCCGAAUUUAAGGUCAGUAAAUUGAAAUAUCUCAAUGUCUCCUACAAUGAUUUGCAAGGUCCUAUCCCUGCUAGUCUUUCUACUUUAAACGCAACUUCUUUUGCAGGCAAUGUACGUCUUUGUGGGUUGCCAUUAAAACCAUGUUCAGCUUUAAAAAAAUUAACAACCGGUAUGAUGGUGAUUGUCAUCAUAGCCGUGGCUGCUGCUCUUUCAGCUAUAGCUGUCGUGAUUGUAAUCCUUAACCGAAGGAAACCGACAGCCACGGAUCGUGAAUCUGGGCAGACUGCUGGUAAUAAUGGUAGAGAGCUCGAUAGAGAAGGGUCCCAUCGUUCUACUAGUAGCAAAAGGGGUGAAGGAGGGGUGAAACUUACAUUUCUAAGGGAGGAUACUGAAAGAUUUGAUUUGGGUGACUUGUUAAAGGCUUCGGCUGAGAUUUUGGGAAGUGGGUAUUUGGGAUCUUCUUAUAAGGCAGCUCUUAAAAGUGGAAAGACAAUGGUUGUCAAGAGGUUUAAACAAAUGAAUAAUGUUGGAAAAGAAGAGUUUCAAGAACAUAUGUGGAGACUUGGGAGAUUGAAGCACCAAAAUUUGCUUCCAAUUGUGGCUUUCUAUUAUAGGAAAGAAGAGAAGCUCAUUGUUUCAGAUUAUAUUCCUAAUGUUAGCUUGGCUGUUCAUCUUAAUGGUGGACAACCGAGCCUUGAUUGGCCAACACGGUUGAAAAUCAUCAAAGGAGUGGCAAAAGGUCUUCAAUACCUUUACAAUGAGCUCCCUAGCUUGAUAGUUCCUUGUGGACAUCUAAAGUCUUCGAAUGUCCUUCUCAACGAGUUCUCCGAGCCUCUCAUCUCGGACUAUGGUCUAUUGCCAGUUGUAAACCUUGAGCAUGCACAAGAAAUCAUGGUAGUCUAUAGGUCCCCGGAAUACAAGCAAAGUCGUCGUGUUACCAAGAAAACUGACGUGUGGAGUUUCGGGAUAUUGAUUUUAGAAACUCUAACCGGAAAGUUUCCUGCCAAUUGUUGGCAACAAAACAAGGGCAAUGAAACGGACUUGGAGGCUUGGGUACAAUCGAUUGUUCGUGGGGAGGGAUUUGAUGAAUUGUUCGAUAAAGACAUGAAAAUUCACAAGGCAAGUGAGAGUGAGGCCAUGAAGUUGCUAAAAAUAGGAUUAGCAUGCACAGAUUCGGAUGUGGAGAAAAGGUGUGAUUUCAAAGAGGUUUUAGAGAAGAUUGACGAGUUGAAAGAAAGAGACGGAGAAGAUGAUUUCUAUUCGUCGUGUCCCAGCGAUGCAGAUGUGCCUUCGUCGAGAGGCAUAUCGGGUGAUUUUUCAAUCAACCAUCAAUCGUGAGUACAACCAACAACUUAGGAAUUCAUCAUUUUCAUUGGCAUAAGUAAUAGGUUGUAUUCUUGAUUUAGUACAUGUCUUAUGGGAUUUAUGGGAUGUAUAUUUUUUUAGUGUAAUCCUUGAGAAUUAUGUUCCCACCAAGUUUUACAAUCAAUUUGCAAUUUUGCCUAGCCUUAACUUUGAA